AUCUCUAGUUAUUAUAAAUACUAGUGUUGUGUCUGAUCUCAAAUAUAUAGGUAUAACAAAAAAUACUACUAAAAAAACUUCCAAAAUAUUGAUCUGUAACCCAUGGAUUUCAUUCUCAAACUCUUUGCACUUCUAGUCUCAUUCUCUUUUGUGCAAUCCCGAGAAACUACUAAAAGUUGGAAAUCUAUCAAGUUAAAUGAGAAGAUGAUAUAUGAUUGUGUGGAUAUUUACAAACAACCUUCGCUAAAUCAUCCACUACUCAAAAAUCACAAAAUUCAGAUGGAACCAUCUUUUCUAAUCCCUAAAUCAAAAAAUCAAGUCGAACGCAAAAUAUUCAAAACAAUCAUCGAUUGUCCAAACGGAACAGUUCCUAUAUUGAGACACACAAAAGAGUAUGUUGCAAAUGCCCAAUAUUUUGGAGAAAAGCAUUUCAAUCCGUUCACAAUGCAAAGUCAUGGAAUACAUUUUGCCGGAGUUAGAUUGAAAGGCAACGGUCAGAGUCCUUUCUAUGGUACAGCAUCUUAUAUAAGUGUACAUGACUUAAACGUUAGUCGGGACCAAGUUUCAUAUGCUCACGUAUAUGCUGGCAGUCGAGUAAACAACAUAGAUAAUUUUAUUGAAACCGGUUGGAUGAUAAAUCCAAGUUUAUUUGGUGAUGGACGCGUAUGGGGUUAUGGAUAUUUUAAGGGUGCCAAUGGGACAGGGUGUUAUAAUACAGUAUGUCCUGGUUUUGUUCAAGUGUCAAAAAGAGAUCUUAUAAGUGGGCCUUUACCUGAAGCUCCUGAAGGUAAAAGAAACAUUGGUUCUAAUUUUCAACAGGAUAAAAAAACAGGAAAUUGGUGGGUAUCAGAUAUAAAAAACGUAGGAAAAGAUAUACACAUUGGUUAUUGGCCAAAGGAACUAUUUGAUGUGAUAAGUGAUGGUGUGAAUAUUGUUGGAGUUGGAGGAGUAGUCAAGACUUCUCCUUCCGGCAAUAGUCCACCAAUGGGUAAUGGUCAUCGACCAGAAAAGGAUAAAGAUGAUAUGGCGUCAGCACGCGUUCGAGACCUUCUCGUCAUUGAUUCUAGUUACAAGUUCAAGAGAAGUAAAAGAUCUAAAUUAGAAUAUUUAUUAGACAAUGACAAAUGUUAUGGAUUGAGAAAGGGAAAAGAACAUUUGUUUCUGUUUGGUGGAGAGGGAGGAGAUUCUUGUUGAAUCUAACAUUACAAAAGAAAUUAUGUGCUUGGUUAUUAUAAGAAAUAAUAAAUAAAUUAUUGGACUAGUUGUUUUAUGUUCACCAAUGAUUCAACAUAUAUGUUUAUCGUUUGUGUAUACAACCAACUAUGUAUUGCUUCCUCAA